AUGGCGGAGCUUUACGUGAAGCCGGGGAACCAGGAGCGUGGCUGGAACGACCCCCCCCAGUUCUCCUACGGGCUGCAGGCGCAGGCUGGGGGUCCCAGGCGAACGCCGCUCACCCGCCGGGCCCCUCCGCCCGCGGGGGCCCCUCCAGGUGCUCCUCCAGACCCGGCCAGUGCCCCUGCUGCCUCCACAGCGCCGCCCCCCCGAGCGCUGGGGCCACCCCCCCUCGGGCCCCUCAGCCCUGCCCCGCGGGCAGAGAGUGGGAGGCCGAGUGCUGCAGCGUGCCCGGAAGAGUGCGGCCCGCCCGCCGACGCAGUCCUCACCCCGCUGAGGGAGGCCCUCGACGCCUGCCGUGCCACAGUGCAGAAACAAGUGUGCGACGACAUCGGGCGGCGGCUCACGGUGCUGGGGGAUGCGUGGGCUCAGGGGAAGCUGUCGGCCCCUGUGAGGAAGAGGAUGAGCCUCCUGGUGCAAGAGCUCCAGCAGCAGCACUGGGACGUGGCUGACGAGAUCCACCGCUCGCUCAUGGUGGACCACGUGAACGAGGUGAGCCAGUGGCUGGUGGGUGUCAAGCGCCUGAUCGCUGAGACGAGGAGCCUGCCUGCUGCGGAGCCAGCUGCGGCGACGGAUGGCAGCGCUGAGGCCGGGCAUGGCCAGGAGGAUCCCUGAUGCCAGGGACGGGGCUGCGGACUGUGAGCAGGGCAGCCCAUGCCCAGGGCCACUGGCAGGAGAAUGGCCCCCGCUGCCCGAGGGGGUCUGGGCACCUCCUCUGCCUCCCAAUCCUUGCCCAAGAAAAGGGGAUUUUAAUCAUGCGACAUUUUAGUGGCGAUUCACUACAUGAUGUUUAAUAAACAGCACUAACCUGC